GCUGUUACUGAGGCGGAGACGCGGGUGAUGAUUGGCUUUCCGGGCAGAGAGGAAGUCCUGUGAUUGGCCAGGUCCCUGGAGCUCGCCGACGCUGUGAGAGGAGGCUCCCACGGAGGCCGGAAUUGGCUGUGAAAGGCCCUGGGCGGCCAUCUGGGGGCAGUGGGUUCAUCUGUCAGAGCGGCUGGAGUGGGACCAUCACCCCCAGAGAGCUGGGGCAGGGGGCUGUGCCCCAUCUCCAGGGCUCCUGGGGCCACUGCUGACCUGGCUGGAUGCAUCGGGCAGUGGACCCUCCAGGGGCCCGCGCUGCACGGGAAGCCUUUGCCCUUGGGGGCUUGAGCUGUGCUGGGGCCUGGAGCUCCUGCCCGCCCCAUCCCCCUCCUCGUAGCGCAUGGCUGCCUGGAGGCAGGUGCUCUGCCAGCAUCGGGCAGCCCCCACUGUCUGCUCCCCUACCCUCUUCACAUGGCAGUAGCUCUGGGCACCCCAACAAACCGUAUUAUGUUCCAGGAACACCCACCCCAAGACCUCUCCAUGGGAAGCUGGAAUCCCUGCAUGGCUGUGUGCAGGCAUUGCUCCGGGAGCCAGCCCAGCCAGGGCUGUGGGAACAGCUUGGGCAGCUAUACGAGUCAGAGCAUGACAGUGAGGAGGCCAUACGCUGCUACCAUAGUGCUCUUCGAUAUGGAGGAAGUUUGGCUGAGCUGGGGCCUCGCAUCGGCCGACUACAGCAGGCCCAGCUCUGGAACUUUCAUGCUGGUUCUUGCCAGCACCGAGCCAAGGUCCUGCCCCCAUUGGAGCAAGUAUGGAACUUGCUGCACCUUGAGCACAAGCGGAACUACGGGGCCAAGCGGGGGGGCCCCCCAGUGAAGCGAGCCGCUGAACCCCCAGUAGUGCAGCCUGUGCCUCCUGCAGCACUCUCAGGCCCCUCAGGGGAGGAGACCCUCAGCCCUGGAGGCAAGCGCAGAAGAGGUUGCAACUCUGAGCAGACUGGCCUUCUCCCAGGGCUGCCGCUGCCUCCACCACCAUUACCACCACCACCACCACCACCAUUUGGGGCUGAGGGACGCCCCCGCCCUCCUCCCCCACCCCUUCCCCACCGUGAGGGCUUCUUGGGACCUCCAGCCCCCUGUUUUUCUGUGGGCACUCAGGAUUCGCACACCCCUCGUACUCCCCCGACCACCACCACCAGCAGCAGCAACAAUGGCAGCCACAGCAGCAGCCCUACUGGGCCUGUGUCCUUUCCCCCACCUCCCUAUUUGGCCAGAAGUAUGGAGCCCCUUCCCCGGCCCCCCAGCCCAACACUGAGCCCCCAGGACCCACCUCUUGCACCUCUGACUCUUGCCCUGCCUCCAGCUCCUCCCUCCUCCUGCCACCAAAAUACCUCAGGAAGCUUCAGGCGCCCGGAGAGCCCUCGGCCCAGGGUCUCCUUCCCAAAGACCCCCGAGGUGGGGCCGGGGCCAUCCCCAGGUCCCCUGAAUAAAGCCCCCCAGUCCGUGCCGCCGACAGUUGGGGAGCUGCCUGCCCGAGGCGCACGACUCUUUGAUUUUCCCUCUACCCCACUGGAGGACCAGUUUGAAGAGCCCGCUGAAUUCAAGAUCCUACCUGAUGGGCUGGCCAACAUCAUGAAGAUGCUGGAUGAAUCCAUUCGCAAGGAGGAAGAGCAGCAACAACAGGAGGCAGGCGUAGCGCCCCCGCCUCCCUUGAAGGAGCCCUUUGCUUCUCUGCAGCCUCCAUUCCCCACUGACACAACCCCAGCCACCACUGCUGCCACCGCCACCGCCACCACCACCACCACCACCACCACCACCACGGCCACCCAAGAAGAGAAGAAGCCACCACCAGUCCUACCGCCACCACCGCCACUAGCCAAGUUCCCUCCACCCCCCCAGCCACAGCCGCCGCCACCCCCACUACUCCCACCAGCCAGCCUGCUCAAAUCCUUGGCCUCCGUGCUGGAGGGACAAAAGUACUGUUACCGGGGGACUGGAGCAGCUGUUUCUACCCGACCUGGGUCCUUGCCUGCCACUCAGUAUUCCCCCAGUCCCCCAACAGGUGCUACAGCCCAGCCGCCCACCUCAGCAGCCCCUAGCGCCCAGGGCUCCCCACAGCCCUCCGCUUCCUCGUCAUCUCAGUUCUCUACCUCAGGCGGGCCCUGGGCCCCGGAGUGCAGGGUGGGUGAAGAGCCAGCCCCAGGCCCCGUGACCCCCGACCCGCCUCCCCCACCCCUGCCUCUGCCCCCUGCUCGCUCUGAGUCUGAGGUGCUAGAAGAGAUCAGUCGGGCUUGUGAGACCCUUGUGGAGCGGGUAGGCCGGAGUGCUACAGACCCAGCAGGUCCAGUGGACACGGCAGACCCAUUGGUCAAGGCAGACCCAGUGGACAGUGGGACUGAGCGACUGCUGCCUCCUGCCCAGGCCAAGGAGGAGAGUGGUGGGAUGGUGGCAGCAGCAGGACCAGGUAGCAGCAAGCGGCGGCAGAAGGAGCAUCAGAAGGAGCACCGGCGGCACAGGCGGGCCUGUAAGGACAGUGUAGGUCGGAGGCCCCGCGAGGGCAGGGCAAAGGCCAAGGCGAAGGCCCCCAAAGAAAAGAGCCGCAGAGUGCUGGGGAACUUGGACCUGCAGAGUGAGGAGAUCCAGGGUCGUGAGAAGGCUCGGCCCGAUGUUGGUGGGGCCUCCAAGGCCAAGCCACCCACAGCUCUGGGGCCUCCACCAGCACCUGCACCCUCUGCCCAGCCCACACCCACAUUAGCUGCUGUCGCUGGGAAGAAGGCUCGGGAGGAAGCUCCAGGUCCACCUGGGGUCAGCCGGGCUGACAUGCUGAAGCUGCGCUCACUUAGUGAAGGGCCCCCCAAGGAGCUGAAGAUCCGGCUUAUCAAGGUAGAGAGUGGUGACAAGGAGACCUUUAUCGCCUCUGAGGUGGAAGAGAGGAGGCUGCGCAUGGCGGACCUCACCAUCAGCCACUGCGCUGCUGACGUCGUGCGUGCCAGCAAGAAUGCCAAGGUAAAAGGGAAGUUUCGAGAAUCCUACCUUUCCCCUGCCCAGUCUGUGAAACCGAAGAUCAACACUGAGGAGAAGCUGCCCCGGGAAAAACUCAACCCACCCACACCCAGCAUCUAUCUGGAGAGUAAACGGGAUGCCUUCUCGCCGGUGCUGCUGCAGUUCUGUACAGACCCUCGAAAUCCCAUCACCGUGAUCAGGGGUCUGGCAGGCUCCCUGCGGCUCAACUUGGGCCUCUUCUCCACCAAGACACUGGUGGAGGCGAGUGGAGAGCACACAGUGGAGGUGCGCACCCAGGUGCAGCAGCCCUCAGAUGAGAACUGGGAUCUGACAGGCACACGACAGAUCUGGCCCUGUGAGAGCUCCCGUUCCCACACCACCAUUGCCAAAUAUGCGCAGUACCAGGCCUCAUCCUUCCAGGAGUCCCUGCAGGAGGAGAAGGAGAGUGAGGAUGAGGAGUCGGAGGAGCCAGACAGCACUACAGGAACUCCUCCUAGCAGCACACCAGAUCCGAAGAACCAUCAUAUUAUCAAGUUUGGCACCAACAUCGACCUGUCUGAUGCCAAGCGGUGGAAGCCCCAACUGCAGGAGCUGCUGAAGCUGCCCGCCUUUAUGCGGGUAACAUCCACGGGCAACAUGCUGAGCCAUGUGGGUCAUACCAUUCUGGGCAUGAACACGGUGCAGCUGUACAUGAAGGUCCCGGGUAGCCGAACGCCAGGCCAUCAGGAGAACAACAACUUCUGCUCCGUCAACAUCAACAUUGGCCCAGGAGACUGCGAGUGGUUCGCGGUGCAUGAGCACUACUGGGAGACCAUCAGCGCCUUCUGCGACCGGCACGGCGUGGACUAUUUAACAGGUUCCUGGUGGCCAAUUCUGGAUGACCUCUAUGCUUCCAACAUCCCUGUGUACCGCUUCGUCCAGCGCCCUGGAGACCUCGUGUGGAUUAAUGCGGGGACCGUGCACUGGGUGCAGGCCACUGGCUGGUGCAACAACAUCGCCUGGAACGUUGGGCCCCUCACUGCCUAUCAGUACCAGCUGGCCCUGGAACGAUACGAGUGGAACGAGGUGAAGAACGUCAAAUCCAUUGUGCCCAUGAUUCACGUGUCCUGGAACGUGGCUCGAACUGUCAAAAUCAGCGACCCCGACUUGUUCAAGAUGAUCAAGUUCUGCCUCCUGCAGUCCAUGAAGCACUGCCAGGUGCAACGGGAGAGUCUGGUGCGGGCAGGAAAGAAAAUUGCCUACCAGGGCCGGGUCAAAGACGAACCCGCCUACUACUGCAACGAGUGCGACGUGGAGGUGUUCAACAUCCUGUUCGUGACGAGUGAGAACGGCAGCCGCAACACGUAUCUGGUGCACUGCGAGGCCUGUGCCCGGCGCCGCAGCGCGGGCCUCCAGGGCGUGGUGGUGCUGGAGCAGUACCGCACGGAGGAGCUGGCGCAGGCCUACGACGCCUUCACGCUGGCCCCUGCCAGCACGGCGCGAUGAAGCCGGAUGCCCCGCCCGCCUGCCCGCCCGCAGGGCGCCGCGGGGCCACCAGCACAGGCCUGGGCUGGACCUAGGUCCCGCUUCUGGCCGGGAAGGGGGUCGGGCCCAGCCCUUCCACCCCAUUGGCAGCUCCCCCUCAUUUAAUUUAUUAAGAAAAAAAAACUUUUUUAAGCAAAUAUGAGGAAAAAAGGAAAAAAUAUGGGAGACGUGGGGGGAGGGGGCUGGUAGCCCCUCGCCCACCAGCGCCUUCCCUCACCGACUUUGGCCUUUUUAGCAAACAGACACAAGGACCAGGCUCCGGCGGUGGCGGGGGUCACAUACGGGUUCCCUCACGCCUGCCAGCCGCCCGCCCGGCGCAGAUGCACGCGGCUCGUGUAUGUACAUAGACGUUACGGCAGCCGAGGUUUUUAAUGAGAUUCUUUCUAUGGGCUUUACCCCUCCCCCAGAACCUCCUUUUUUUACUUCCAACGCUAGCUGUGACCCCUGUACAUGUCUCUGUUUAUUCACUUGGUUAUGAUUUGUAUUUUGUUUUUGUUUUGUUUUGUUUGGUUUUUAAUUUAUAACAGUCCCACUCACCUCUAUUUAUUCAUUUUUGGGAAAACCCGACCUCCCGCACUUCCCAAGCCAUCCCGCCCGCCCCUCCAGGGACCGCCCGUCGCCAGGCUUUCCCUGCGCGCCCCUGUGUGUCCGGGCCCGGGCCGGCCCGUCAGUCUCCGCCCGCCCGUGGCUCCAGCUGGGUUCUCAUGGUGCUCAAACCCGCUCCCCUCCCCUAUGUCCUGCACUUUCUCGGACCAGUCCCCCGACCCUACCCAACCCCAACCCCGCCUGAGGGUGAGCGACUCCUGUACUGUAGGGGAAGAAGUGGGAACUGAAAUGGUAUUUUGUAAAAAAAAAAAAUAAAAAUAAAUAAAAAAAUUUUUAAAGUUUUAAAGAAAGAACUAUGAGGAAAAGGAACCCCGUCCUUCCCAGCUCCGGCCAAUUUUAAAAACACGAACCUCCCCCCCCCCAUUUCUUUUUAAGAGUGAAACAGCCCAGGGCCAGGGCCUCCCUGGGGCAGGGACACCCCGGGAUGAGUUUCUCUGGGGCUUUAUUUUCGUUUUGUCGGUUUUUUUCCUCCACGCUGGGGCUGCGGAGGGGUGGGGGGGUUUACAGUCCCGCCCCCUCGCACUGCACUGUCUCUCUGCCCCAGGGGCAGAGGGGUCUUCCCAACCCUACCCCUAUUUUCGGUGAUUUUUGUGUGAGAAUAUUAAUAUUAAAAAUAAAAUCAGAAAAAUCC